AUGGAGGAAGCUGGUUCACAGAGCCACCACUCCACACCGCAGCCGCCGCCGUCAUCAUCAUCACCGGCGGCGGCGCGGCUGUGGAGGCCAGCGGCGCAGCGGAACCUGAGGAACCAGUGGACGAAGCUCAAUUCUCUCCGCCAAGACUGGCGCGCUUCAACCUCCGCCGCCCGCUCGCACGCCACCGCCAUUGUCAACUCGUACCUCUCCCAAAGGUAUAUGGAUGGAAUGGACUUUGGUGUACUGAGUGACAUGCCUAAUAUUCGGAAGAAAGCUUGUGCCAAAUUGUUGAAGCAACAGGAGCUUUACAGAGGCAAACUAUUGUCAUCUUACAGAGACAUGGUUGCAGUUGUGAUGCAAAUGACUCAUUGUUGUAAAUCUAUGAGGUGUUACUUUAGAGGGACAAGCAGUAGUCCAGUAGCCCAGUUUUCUUCAUCCUCAGAAGAUGGCAAUGACAAUGGUGACUGUGGUGGAAUUCCCGUGUUUGCAUUUUAUUCGGUUUCUUCUUUUGAAGAACUAGCUUGGGAGAUUGUUCGAAUGUUUAUAUCAGAAUUACAAGUGAAGAGGGUGCUUGUCUUGGAAUUGCUUUCAAUAUAUGAUGAAAAAGUUGCAGAUGCUAAUGGAUUGCAUUGGCCUGAUGAAUUAUACGAGGGAGAAUUUAGUGAGUUGAGCACAUUGAACUUGUACUCUGAAGAAACUCAAAAGCCGAAAUUUCCAUCACUUGGAAGUUGCGAAUCUACUAUUCCUAUAUUGCCGCCCAAAAAACAGCCAGAUAGCAAUGUUUUACAGGUUUACAUAACCACAUGGAUGGUAGAGGUUAACAUAGAUAGAUGCAGAAUGGACGAAGUAUUUGCCACCGUAGGAGGGGAGAUGCGUGUCGAGUUUGUUGAAACAUUUGGUUGA